AUUUGGUAAUAUUGUUCGUCUCCCUCGCCUUUUGGAUCGAUUCGUGCAUCUGCAUUGCCGUGUGCCGCCAGCUUUGGUCAAGACCCAUCUGCAGCAGCAGAGACUGUCCCCACUGCCGUAUGGAGAACCAGGAGCGAGAGGGGCUCGAUAGUCCUAAUUCACCAUCAACAUCUGGCACUGCAAGUUCAUCGUCAGAACGCAGACCAACUCAUGGUAGUAAUGUUUCUUUGAAUGGUGCUUUGAACGGCGGGAGUCGUGGUAGCAAUGUGCCUUUGUAUGGUGCUUUGAACAGCGGCGCUCGUCGUAGCAAUGUGCCUUUGAAUGGUGCUUUGAACGGCGGCGCUCGUGGCAGCAAUGUGCCUUUGAAUGGCGCUUUGAGCAGCGGCGCUCGUGGCAGCAAUGUGCCUUUGAAUGGCGCUUUGAAUGGCAGCGCUCGUGGCAGCAAUGUGCCUUUGAAUGGCGCUUUGAACGGCGGCGCUCGUGGCAGCAAUGUGCCUUUGAAUGGCGCUUUGAGCGGCGGCGCUCGUGGCAGCAAUGUGCCUUUGAAUGGCGCUUUGAACGGCGGCGCUCGUGGCAGCAAUGUGCCUUUGAAUGGUGCUUUGAACGGCGGCGCUUGUGGCAACAAUGUGCCUUUGAAUGGUGCUUUGAACGGCGACAUUCGUGGUACCAAUGUGUCUUUGAAUGGUGGCGCUCGUGAAUCAUCGUUUAGCAAUGAGGAUAUCUGGUCGCAGGAUAAGCAGACUCUUGAAUCAGCAUUUAGGAAUUGGAGCUUAACAGAUUGCAAUAGAGCUUUGCCGUCCUCUUCUUCACCUGCGCGUCACCAUGAUAAAUUGUUACUGAACGGAAAUGGACAUAUAAAAGACUUAGAGGAACCAGAGGAGAUGUUUGAAACUUAUCACCAAAGACCAAAUGCAGUCAUGCCAACGAACACGGCGGAGAGGAGCCCUUACAGAAAGCAAACACAAAAUGACUAUGUACGAUCGCUGCAAAAUCAUGGAAAUGAGUUGCAACCAAGGACAUCAACCUGGCCUCUGAUACAGACAUCCGAUCCCAGCGAUACACUGAGAGGCUCGCAAGAUCCUAAUUGGAAUUAUGCUGCCACCAAUUCUCAUUUUCAUAAUUUUUAUUUGAAUUAUGCUGCUGUUAAUUCGAAUUAUAAUUAUAAUAAUCAGCUAGGUACUGAUUUGAUGAACAACAACCCUUAUGGGUAUUACGAUCAAGGCUUAUGCUGUGAAGCUGAGGGUUUUAGCAUUCAUCAUGGCGAAAAUGCGGCAUACCCGCAUGUAGCAGCAACCAUCUGGUCCAAUGGACUCACAAAUGUUGUACCGCGAAUUGGUCGAGCUGAUGAAGGGGAUUGUUCUUCUAGCUGUCAUGCCUCUUGUUUGCCUAGCCAUUGCCGGUAUCCUUCUGGUAGUAAUUAUGGGCACGAUCUGAGGCCAUAUCAGGAACAGAAUUCAGUGGAAAGUAUGUGGUUUCCUCCUUUCAGCAAUCCUGGACAUGAUCAGGAUUUCAAUUCAGCAGAAAGCUUCCAGCUUCCUCCUGUUAAUGGGAGAUAUUCUUUAAGACCGCAGCAGGAAUACAAUUCAGUGGAUGAAAUUGCGGGCAGAAUAUACUACUUGGCAAAGAAUCAUGAGGGCUGCCGCUUCUUGCGGAUGAUGCUCACUGAAGGAACCGCAGAAGAUGUUCACAAGGUCUUCAAUGGGCUCGCGAAUCACUUUACCGAACUUUCAUCUCACCCUUUGGGGAGUUGUCUAAUCCAAAAUUUACUCGAAGUGUGCUCCACGAACCAAAGGAUGUUUAUAUGUUAUCAGCUUACCAGAAGCCCAGGAAAGCUCGUUCGCAUUUCGUGUGACAUGCAUGGAACUCGAGUGGUUCAAAAGGUGAUUGAAGGCAUCAAAAGCUCAGAUGAAAGCUUAUGGGCUGUAUCGGCAUUAAGGCCUCAUGCCACCACACUGAUGAAGGAUGAGAAUGGUUCUCAUGUUGUAGAACAAUGCUUUCAACAUCUUUUGCCCGAGCAUAGGCAGCUUCUAAUUGAUGUGGCUCUUGCUCAUUAUGUCGAGCUGGCAAUGGAUCGUAGAGGCUGUUGCAUGCUUCAAGCCUGCAUCAACCAUUCAACUGGUUUGCAAAAAGAUAAUUUGAUGAAGGCUAUUGCUUCUAUGGCUCUAACCCUUUCAGAUGAUACAUAUGGAAACUAUGUGGUACAGUUUGUUCUUGAGCAUGGGACUCCAUCGUCCAGGAGGCUGAUACUGAAUUCGCUCAGGGGCCAUCAUGUAACUUUGUCGAUGCAGAAAUAUGCUAGCAAUGUUGUUGAGAAAUGUCUAGUUUAUGGCGGGCCGGACAAUUAUGGAGAAAUCGUCCAAGAACUCAUACGCAAUCCCAGAUUCUCACUUAUCGCAGAAGACCAGUACGGAAAUUAUGUCGUUCAAACAGCUCUUGCAGAAUCCAAGGGGCCUCUUCGUGCUGCUCUGGUUAAUGCCAUCAGGCGGCAUGCUGCGGUACUCCGUACUAACCUUCACGGGAAGAAAGUUCUCUCAGCGGCGGGACUGAAGAGCAAAUAGGCACCUCCGAAAAGCCUUUCUUGGAUGUCUUCAGAACCCCUUUCUGGGCAGUGCAUGUAAUCUUGUACAAUGCUGCAUACGAUGCUGAAAUUGAUGUAGACGGUAGUUUGUUUAGGUAAGAAGAGUCUCUACUGUUUUUCCCUUCUGUUUGAAGCAGUUUUGGUGUUAGACACAGUUGGUUCCACUAGUUGAGAUAUAUGGUGUUAGACACAGUUGGUUUCACUAGUUGAGAUAUAGGUGUUGUAGAGUUUAAUGUAAAGGAAAUAAGUGGGUCUUGUAGGAAUAUUUUUAUGAUUACUGUUACUGCUCUAUGAGCAAUGUGGUUUCAUUUGUUUGAA